AUGGCGGGCAAAUCAACAGAAACGGCCUUACACAAUCUAGUGGUUAGGAUAGAAAGGUCUAUCAACUACAAAGAAUUUGCACUGGGAUGUUUCUUCGAUGUAGAAGGGGCAUUCGAUAGAGCAAACCGAAGAGCAAUAGAGUUCGCACUAAACCGCGACGGGAUAGACGAUAUAGUAAAAAGCUGGAUCAUGAACAUGCUAACACAUCGACUGAUUUCAGCAGAUUUAGGAGGAGAGACUCAAACUGUAAGAUCUACUAGAGGAUUUCCUCAAGGAGGCUGUCUAUCGCCUUUGCUAUGGUGCCUCCUAUUAGAUUCAUUAAUAGUUAAGAUCAAUGAUAUGAGAAUUUAUAUGCAGGCCUACUCUGACGAUGGCGUACUCCUAGUCACGGGCAGAGAUCUGCAUACCGUAAGGAACAUAAUGUGCAAAGGCAUAAAAAAUACACUGGCUUGGUGUCGAGAAAAAGGUCUUAACCUCAACCCCUUUAAGACCAAACUAGUGCUGUUUACUAGACGCAGAAAGGCACACCUGAUACCUAUUACAAUUGAAGGUGUCAAGCUAGAAAUUACAAAAGAAAUCAAAUAUCUGGGGGUUAUUUUAGACCAUACCCUAAGAUUUAGAACUCAUAUCCAAGUGCAGUGUGCCAAAGCCAAACUAACUCUAAUGCAAUGUAGAAGGGCUGUGGGCAGAACCUGGGGUAUAAAGCCAAAAGUAAUAAAAUGGAUAUAUACAGCUAUCAUUCUUCCUAGAGUUCUGUAUGGAGCUACUGUUUGGUGGCAUAGAGCUGCAAUAAAGUCAAACAGCAAAGAACUAACUAAGGUACAAAGGUUGGCGUCCUUGAUGAUCUCAGGUGCUAUUAGGACAACACCCUCUGCAGCGCUGGAGGUCCUUUUGGGACUAUAUCCCUUGGACCUAAGAGCUAAAAAGAAUGCAUUAGAACAAUGGUAUAGAAUGAAAGUGUCCAAACAGUGGAAAGGUAAUUUCAUGGACAAAGGACACACAGAUAUAGAUAAAGUGUACGGAGAUAAACUGUCAAUGAUAAUCAACAACAAUGACCUUAUCAAGAGACAGCGCAUCUUCGAUAAGAAAUAUAGAGUACAUAUAGGAUCAAAAGAUACAUGGCAGUUAGAAACCGCCCAUGAAUGCAGCAUAGUGUGUUACACAGAUGGAUCAAGGCGGGAAUCCACAAAGCUCAGUGGUGCUGGAGUUUUCUACAGCACCAUUCCAAACAAGGACCAGGCAAUCAGUCUAGGCAAAUUUGCAAGCGUCUUCCAAGCAGAGACAUACGCCAUUAUGGUUUGUGCCUUCGAUUUGAUGGACUUAGCAGAUAUAGAAACCAAAGAAAUUGUUAUAUAUAGUGAUAGUCAAGCUGCACUAAAAGCGCUUAAAAGAAAUGAUACCACAUCAGCCCUAGUAAGAGAAUGUAAGAACAUAUUGAACUCUCUGGCUGAAAAGACUAAAGUGACCAUUGCCUGGGUUCCUGGACAUCAAGGGAACUACGGCAAUGAAAAAGCAGACGAACUAGCUAGGAUGGGAGCAGGUCUCGAGUUCCUAGGGCCGGAGCCCUGCCUACCCAUCCCAUACUCAAUAAUAAAGAGGGUUAUUGAAGGAAUCAUAGAAAGAGAAUCGAAUACACGAUGGAAUAGCUCGACUAAAUGCAGACAGUCAAAAAUGUUCCUGAAGUCAUUCGACAAGAAGAAAACAACACAACUACUGUUACAAAGCAGACUCAACAUAGCACUGGUAGCAGGCAUGACAACUGGACAUUGUCUGCUCAAUAGACACUUGAAGAUAAUGAAAAUCAUAGAAGAUUCAUCAUGUCCAGGUUGUGGUGAGGAGGAGACCAGCUAUCACUUUAUAGCUGAGUGUCCCAUGUUCGCGCUGGUAAGAUGGGAGUUACUAGGUAAGGAUACAUUAAAUGAAGUAGACCUGACAAAUCUCAGUAUAGGGGAUAUUGUUAGGUUCACGAAGGCUACAGGAAGAUUUGAGGGGGGAACACUGUCGAGACACCAGUGA